AUGUCGCCGUUUUUCCGGAACUCACACGGAAACAUUUCCCUUCAGCUCGCAAUCGCUGUCACAGUCGCUGUGAGUCCACCUACCAUAUGUUUAAAUAUAUUUGUGAUCGUAGCGGUCAUGAAAAUCAGAAAGUUACAAACAAAUUCUAACAUUCUGAUUGCUAGUUUGGCUGUGGUUGAUCUUUUGGUGGGUGCAGUUUCUAUGCCAAUGGCAAUCAGUGUUGAUACGCUCACUGUUAAAGGAACGUUAUCAGACAGAAUGCUGUGCACGUACAUUUAUAUUCUGUAUACAACUUCCACUGCAUCUUUUUAUCAUUUGAUUUUAAUAGCUUGGGAGAGGCAUGUGGCGAUAGCGAGAUGGACGAAAUACAAAGUUAUUGUGACAAAGAAACGUGUAAAGAGAUAUGCAGGGAUCGCUUGGAUAACAGCUAUUCUGACAGUUGCGUUUCAUGUGAUAUUUACAGCACCUGGUACUCAGCAUGAAGUUGCCCUGGCCAUUAAAGUCAGUGUUUUCCUCGUCUGGCUUGUGGGCAUUUCUCUAAUGGCGUAUUUUUAUCGCAUGGUUUACAUCGAAACGCGGAAACUGAAGGGAGGUCAGAUCAGCCGUGUUCAAGUGGGAACAAGUAUAGAAAGGAAAAUUGGCCACACUACGCUCUUUGUGACAGUAGCUGUUCUUGUCUGCAUUGUUCCCUUCGUAGUUGUUUUCAUGUUAGCGCACUUUUUCCCAUUUUUACGCAGUUUUAGGGUUUUCCGAUGGGUGGAAAUUUCCCUCCAGUUGAACUCUUUGGUGAAUCCAGCGAUCUAUUUCUUUAGAAACAACCGCUACAGGAAUGCUGCGUUAAAGUUUUUAAGACUCGGGAAGCCUAAAAGAGUCGGGUUAAUAGGCAGGAACACUUGGGGUGGAGGGUCAGCAAGCACGUCGAGGCGGCGCCACGAUUUCAUUUUGUCCUGGCGUGUUGGAAAAUUUGUGGACAAUGAAUGCAGCCGACCCCCAAGACGUUCGCAGUCUUUUGCAGAAGAGAAACACAGGGGCAGGGAGACGCCCGGAGUGUCAAAAGGCACUCACUUAGGUAGGUUUCAUACUAUAGGAAUGGGUGAAUGGAGAAAUACCUAGGAAAUUACCGGGGACAACAAAAAAGGGUUCACCACAUCCUUCUAUCCUCCCCGCUGACAUCCCUUUGUCGGACUACUUUUCUCUCAUGGUUGAUCCACUUUUACAAACUACUUCUUAACAAUUGAACCCUUUGGAGUGACUAGCCUCUCAAAUCUAAUUACAAUAUCACCCCUGAAUCACAGAUUAAGGUCACGAGGAUAGAAGAAACGAUCACCGGCUAGAUAAGUUCUCGAUUGUUAAACAAAUUCUCCUUGUCAGCACCUUACGAAAUGUACAGAGAAAAGUAGGGAGAAUAUAAAUACUGAUAUUGGAGCGUAAAAGGUUCAUAACUACAUAAUAUGUCACUUGCAGUAUCUCACCAAACUCCACAAUGAUAAUUAAUUAAAUUUAUUACAUUUUUAACGGGGAACAUUUAUCUAGAGGUCAAAGUUUGCAUGAGUUCAGUAAAAAUCUUUUCAAUGAGACCUAAUUUCCCCUUGGAAGCUACAAGAAGUGUCAGAGACUAACCAAGAGUUUUAAUACCUUUCUCAGACUAUUCAGAGAACAAUACUGUUCAGAAAACAAUGCCGACAGAACGUAAUAACCGGAAGCGAUUAUCACGACAACACCAAGCGCGUCACAGAACUCGCUCGAUGAGCAAUGACGAUACGAAGUAUUCUCUCGUCGCUUUU